GUGGGCUCCCAUCAUCUGAGACUCAGCAGAGGCCUGGAAGCUAACGCACCUGCCUUUGACAGGCACAUGGUCCUCCUGAAGGAGCACUACGGGAGGCAGGUGGUGGUCAACCUCCUGGGCAGCAGGGGCGGGGAGGACGUGCUCAACAGGACCUUCAAGAAGCUGCUCUGGGCCUCCUGCCACGCCCAGGACACGCCUAUGAUCAACCUUGACGUCCGCCAACUGGCCAGGGGCGGGGAGCUCGCCAAGCUGGACGGGCUGCUGUGGCCUCAGCUUCAGCUGCACUGGGACCACCUGGGCAUCUUCACACAGGGCCCACGCCUCAGCCCCCGCUUUCAGGGAGGCACUGUGCGCGUGAACUGUCUCGACUGUCUGGACCGCACCAACCUAGUGCAGACCUUUGUCGCCCUCGAGGUCCUGCCACUUCAGCUGUGCAGCCUGGGGCUGGACUCCAAACCGGCCUCAGAGCGCUUCGCUGAGGCCUUUCGUGCCAUGUGGUCACUCAACGGGCACAGCCUCAGCAAGAUGUUCACAGGCAGCCGUGCCCUGGAGGGCAAGGCCAAGGUGGGGAAGCUGAAGGACGGGGCCCGUGCUGUGUCCCGGAGCCUGCAGUCCACCUUCCCUGAUGGGGUGAAGCAGGAGGCCCUACGGCUGCUGCUGGGAGACGCGUGUGUGGAGGAGGCGGCCGAGAGGGGAUGUGCACUUCCUGACAAUCUCGGCCUGCUGGUGACACCCCGCAUCCUGAGAGCCCUGUGGCAGCGCCAGGCGGAGUUCACGCGCCUCAGGCAGGCGCACGUGGCCGUGGGCACCUGGAACGUGAACGGGGGCAAGCAGUUCCGCAGCCACCUGCUGGGCACGACCGAGCUGGCCCACUGGCUCCUGGAUGCCCCGCAGCUGGCUGGGGGCUUGGACUCGCCCGAUGACAGCAGCCCUGCUGACAUCUUUGCAGUGGGUUUUGAAGAGAUGGUGGAGCUGAGCGCAGGGAAUAUUGUUAACGCCAGCACCACCAACAGGAAGAUGUGGGGCGAGCAGCUGCAGAAAGCUGUCUCCCGCUCGCAUCGAUACAUUCUCUUGACUUCAGCACAGCUGGUGGGCAUCUGUCUGUUCAUCUUUGUGCGUCCGUACCACGUCCCCUUUAUCAGGGAGGUGGCCGUGGACACGGUGAAGACGGGGCUGGGCGGCAAGGCCGGCAACAAGGGUGCCGUAGGCAUCCGCUUCCGCUUCCACAGCACCAGCUUCUGCUUCAUCUGCAGCCACCUGACGGCUGGCCAGUCCCAGGUGAAGGAGAGGAACGAGGACUACAGGGAGAUCACGCAGAAGCUCAGCUUCCCCAUGGGCCGGGGUGUCUUCUCUCACGAUUACGUGUUCUGGUGCGGGGACUUCAACUACCGCAUCGACCUCACCUACGAGGAAGUGUUCUACUUCGUCAAGCGCCAGGACUGGAAGAGGCUGCUUGAGUUCGACCAGCUGCAGCUGCAGAAGGCGAGCGGGAAGAUUUUCCAGGACUUCCACGAAGGCACCAUCAACUUCGGCCCCACUUACAAGUAUGACAUCGGCUCUGCCGCCUACGACACGAGUGACAAGUGCCGCACCCCCGCCUGGACCGACAGGGUCCUGUGGUGGAGGAAGCGCCAGCCUGCGGACAGGACAGGCACAGAGCUGAACCGCCUGGACAGCGAGUCAGAAAAGGGCACUUCAGCCUGGUCCCCAGGAACACUCAAGUACUACGGCCGUGCUGAGCUGCAGGCCUCAGACCACAGACCUGUGCUGGCCGUUGUGGAAGUGGACGUGCAGGAAGUGGACCCCAGUGCUCGAGACCAAGUGUUCCAGGAAGUGUCCUCUUUCCAGGGGCCUCUGGACGCCACCGUGGUCGUCCAACUGCAGUCGCCCACGGCCGAAGAGGCGGCCGAGUUCCCCGAGGACGUGCGUGAGGAGCUGAUGCAGACCCUGGAGGGCCAUGGCGUCAUUGUCCUCGUCAGGAUCAACCGAGGACAGAUGCUGGUGACCUUUGAGGACAGUUACUCAGCCCUCAGUGUCCUCGACAUGGACAGCAUGAAGGUGAAAGGCCGGGAGGUGAGGAUCCACCCCAGGACCGGGGACUGGCUACAGGGGCUGCAGGAGUCUCUGAGCCACAAGCGAGCGGGAGGGGCGCCCGUGUCGCCCACCGCCAACUCCUGCCUGCUAGAUGAGAGCUUCGACAUCUCCACGCUGGACUACGAGAGUGAAGGAGACAUCCUGGAAGAUGACGAGGACUACCUAGUGGGGGGGCCUGUGGUCUCUGAUGGCGAGCUGGGUCGGGAAGAGCUUCCCGAUGGCCCCUGCCCCACAGCUCCAGCACCCCCCAGCAGGUCACCUGCCCUGGGCAAGAAGCAGCAGCAGCCCACCUACAAAGCUGGCCUGGUGGUGAAGAAGUCGGCAUCUGACAUUUCCAUCUCCUCGGGCUUCCAGGGGCAGUACUCCAUCCUGCAGAUGGCCCGGCUCCUGCCAGGAGCGCCCCAGCAGGCGCCCAAAGCGCGGACGGGCAUCAGCAAACCGUACAAUGUGAAGCAGCUGAAGACCAGCAACGCCCAGGAGGCCGAGGCCGCCAUCCGCUGUCUGCUGGGAGCCAGGGCAGGUACCCCAGGAGAAGACCUCAGUGCCACAGCGCUCCGAGACCCAGGCUCCUCCAAACCAGGACCCCCAGCCGGGGCAGCCCCACUCCCUCCCCGUCGGUCUGCACCCAGAGUCCCUGCCAUCAAGAAGCCGACCUUGAGGCGGACGGGGAAGCUUGAGUCACCAGAGGAGCCACUGGGGACACAGACUGUCCACUUCACCCUCGGGCCCCCAGAGAGCAGCUCGGACACCCCGCCUCUGGCCAGCGUCCCUCCCGUGCCCAGACCGAGGACACUGCUCCCGGGGAAAGGCCCCGUGAGGAGGCUCAGCAUCGGGGGGAUCCUCCCUGGGGCCACAUCACCCACCUUGGAGGACCCGCCUCUUGUGCCCCAGGCCCCCCCCAGGAGGAAGAAGUCUGCCCCGGCUGCCUUCCACCUGCAGGUUCUGCAGAGCAGCCCCCAGGCCCUCCAGGGCCCCCGAGACCGUGUCCAGGCCCCCCCACCGAAUGGGGGCACCCUCCUCCUGCCGCUGGCCUGCCCUGGCCUGUCCUCAGCCCCCAGCCCCACAACCAGUCGCCGCCAGGAGCAGAAAUCAGGAGCAGCCUCUCUUCCAGGAGACAGCCAGGAGCCCUUCCGGAACCUUCUUAGCCACCCCGACCUGCUGACUGAUGCCUGGCUCUCCCAGAGCUCAGUGUGCUUGGAUUCAGGGAGCAGGAACCCCCGAAGGGCACACACAGCCUCCCUGCAGGGAGGGGGAGGCAUCCCCACCACCCGGGACCCCCGAUGGGAGCAGAAGCCACGAGACCCAGGUCCCUGGGUGACCCUCAGUGACCAGGACCAGCGGACGGUGCUGGAGACCUUUGACCCACUGGCCAAGACGUGACCCGGGACCGAGGCCAUCUGCUCCCUCCCAGGACGUGUGCCACUUCCCCGCGGUGGCACUGUCACCGGAGAAGAGUCCCGGGGGACCUCGGACCUUGCCCCAAGAGACAUCCCUAGAGGCUCACUGAGAAACUCUCGCGCUCCCGGCGCCUGUGUCUCUGCUCCAACAAGACUGUUCCCAAGCGGCCUGGGCUUGUGUGCGUCACGUAUUCCCGGGUGCGAGGAGGGGUCACUUUGUUUGGGUCCUGGCCAUAAUGCUGGGGGUGGGGGUCUCACCGACUGCUGACACCUCAGACACUUUGUUCUGCUGAAUUUUAAACAGCUGUUUAGGGGUG